UGUGGGGAGAUAACCCCCCCAGCUUCAGGAUGGUACAUCCCAAAUCGACGGCAUCUCGGUUGGCUCAAGAUAGCGUCGUUCAGGGAGGGUUCGCGAUUCGCGUGCGCUGAGUGGCAGCUGGCGCUGUCGAAGCGUAGAGCGCCCAGCAGCAGCUGGAGCAGCGGAGCACAGAGGCUGGAGGCGGUGGCGGUGCAGUGUCAGAAGCUUUUUUUUCUUUCAAAUUUGCAACAAGGGUCACAUCAUAUGGGAUCUGAGUUACUGCAGAGAAUUCUUUCCUGAGUGCUGGCUGUGGCAGCACUGAAAAUCCGUUAUUGCUGUGGGAGAUCAAGGCUCCAUUCUGGUCCAUCUUGUGUGUCAUUAGCAAAACUGCCAGCCACGGUUUUCCUGGGAAACAUCCUAAGACCUAAACAAGCAACAGAAGUGAAAUUUUCCAAUACAUUGGGUUUAUGUGAUGUACGGGAUCGGAAUGUUGUAAAAGGUUAAUGUAAAACCUUGACUGGGAGGCUUUAAAAGUGACAGCAAUAGAGAAGAAAGUUUUCAUUCAUCCAUGCACAUGCAGGAAUUACAAGAGCUGAAGAGGUGCAGCAUGGCUCACAACUGCCUGCAGUGCAUCAAGUACCUAAUGUUUGUCUUCAACCUUCUCUUCUGGCUGGGAGGCUGCGGGAUCCUUGGAGUUGGCAUCUGGCUGGCUGUUACCCAAGGGAACUUUGCUACCCUCUCCUCUUCUUUCCCAUCCUUGUCGGCUGCCAACCUGCUGAUUGUCACAGGGACUUUUGUCAUGAUCAUCGGCUUCGUCGGCUGUAUAGGUGCCAUCAAAGAAAACAAGGGCCUGCUGCUGAGUUUUUUUAUCAUGCUGUUAAUUAUAUUCCUGCUGGAGCUCACCAUCGUGAUUCUGUUCUUCGUCUACACCGACAAGAUUGAUAAGUAUGCUCAGCAGGAUCUGAAAAAAGGGCUUCAUUUGUAUGGGACAGAUGGAAAUAUUGGCCUAACUAAUGCAUGGAGCAUCAUUCAAACAGAUUUCAGAUGCUGUGGAGUCUCGAACUACACCGACUGGUUUGAAGUGUACAAUACUACACGGGUGCCAGACUCGUGCUGCUUGGAAUUCAGUGAGAAUUGUGGACUCCACUCCCCGGGGACCUGGUGGAAAGCUCCUUGUUAUGAGACAGUGAAAAUCUGGCUCCAGGAAAACCUGCUAGCAGUGGGGAUCUUUGCCCUAUGCACAGCUUUGGUUCAGAUUCUUGGACUGACCUUCGCAAUGACCAUGUAUUGCCAGGUAGUCAAGGCAGACACCUACUGUGCAUAGAAACCCAUCUCAAGCCUCUAUGUUUCUCCUCAAAAGGACAUAGGAGAAAGCUCCUUCAUGUUCAUUCAUCUGAUCUUUUUUCUAUGUAAGAUAAACUGUGUAUAAUCCUAUAUCUCUGAAGAUUUUGUAAAUCACCCUAGUUUAUUGAGGGAGGAAAAAAGGGAUGGAAAAAAAAAAGCCAAGAGAAGAUCAGUACUUGGAUUGGCAUAGGCAGGAGGAAGAAACAAUGUCUUAAAAAAAAAAAAAAAAAAGAA